AUGCCUCGUGUUGUGAAUCCAUCAAAGAGCCAUCGCCGCUCCAAUGGCGGUGCUUCGACCCCGCAGAAAAACUCUCCCAUUAAGAUCCCUCUCAAUGAUGAUAUGGGAGAGAAGGCUGCUCGAAUGCAGUCCCGACAAGCUCUGCAUGAUCGCCAAAUGAACCAGAUCAAGGCUGCUGUAAAAACGCCUAUGCCCCCACGCAGAGCCUACGACCGUGCCGAUAGCCAAAGUCCAGGAACUCCACGCGGCUCUCUUCGCCGAGGUCGGGAAAGCGACGUCGAUGGUCGCGGCAGAGGUGCAACUCCAGCCAAACGAGUGCCAAUUCUCGCCAACUUUGAAGAGUGGAUGAAAAUGGCGACUGAUAAUAAAAUCAACGCUGCUAAUUCGUGGAAUUUUGCUCUGAUCGAUUAUUUCCAUGACAUGUCAUUGCUUCGCGAGGGAGAUGGCGUCAAUUUUCAAAAGGCUAGUUGCACUCUCGACGGUUGUGUAAAGAUUUAUACCAGCAGAGUCGACAGCGUCGCAACUGAAACUGGAAAACUUUUGAGUGGCUUGGCGGAUAGUCGAGAUCGCAAAGCUCCGGAAGGCGAGGGGCCUGAAGGCGAGGAAGAGGAAGAGGAAGAAGGCGAGGACGGCGUGCGGAGAAAGGCGAAAAAGAAAACACGUUCCCAUGAGGCUACUCUCGCUCCCUCGUUUGCUUCUUUACAGUUGAAAAAACUCGAGCUUGAAUUUGCGGUGGACCCCCUUUUCAAGAAAGCAUCGGCCGACUUUGACGAAGGUGGUGCCAAGGGCUUGUUGCUGAACCAUUUAUCAAUCGAUGGUCAAGGACGUAUCAUUUUCGAUAGCAGUGAUGAUGUGGAUGAGACAACCAACGGUGGGGAUCAUGCGCAGGAUGAUGAAAUGAAUGGCAGUGCAGAGCCAGAAGAGUCGCAAACCAAGGAACCGGAAGGUGACCCGAUGGAUGUUGACCCCGUGGAGAUUGAUAUAUCCUCCCUUGGAAACAGGUUCUUCCCAGAUUUGGAUCGCCUCUCCGAACAGGAUAUCUGCCCGUCCCUUAAGAAUCUGGACCUGGGCGAUCCUAGUGGCUCUCUUGAUAUGCCAUUGCUUAAGGCUCCUGAAGACUGGCGACAAGACAAGAACAACGACGAGUCUGAUCCGGCAAGGCGCAUGGGCGAUGCUUCUGGCAUUAUGCUCGAUGAUGACAAUGCAGUGGGUUUUGAUGAUGAUGACGGAACAUUUGCAGGAUUCGACAUUGGUGAAGAUGCUGGCUUUGGUGAAGGUGGAGAGGCUUGGGCGCGAGAGGCAGCCCUGGAGCCCUUGCUGAAGGUUCAUCGCAUGGAUAUUGGUGGUGAAGACGAUCCGGAGGCUGCCGAAGAAGGGGAUCCUUACACAUUGUCGAUCUCUCACCAGACAGCCAAUAAGGAGCACGAAAACAUUCUCAGUUACUUUGACAAUGCCUUACAGAAGAACUGGGCCGGUCCCGAACAUUGGAGAAUCCGCAAGAUCAAGGAGACAAACGCUGCCAAUUCCACAACAGCCGCGCCCAAGCAACGUAAAGAAAAGGAGCCAUUUGUGAUUGACUUUUCUGCGCCUCUAGAUGCUACAACAGCCGAUUUAAUCUAUACACAAGCAAGCUCAAAUUCUGCUAUCUCACUUCCCAAGACACAAUGGAAAACGAAAGGACGCAAUCUACUUCCGGAUGACAAGCAUUUCAACUCGCAGCAACUGUUGCGCCUCUUCCUCAAGCCUAAGGCUCGUAUGGGAUCCAAGAGAUUUUUUGGUGGCCGCAGGAUAGGCGAGACAACUGAGACGCGCGUUCCUGCUGCGGGCGAGAUGGAUGAAGCUUUCUGGGCUAAUCACAAACCUGAAAAUAGCGCACAAAUAGAGGAUGAAAAGGUCGCAGGCACUUACGAUGCCGACUUCUUUGCAGACGACGAUGGACUUGCGUUCCCUAACGGACUUCCGAUGGGAGAUGACGAUGACGACAAUCUACCGUUUGCAGAUGCUCGAGAGAUGUUCUCUCCUGCAGGUGAUAUGGACGCCCGGCCGACGACCUCAGCUGGUGAUGGAUCAGGAGCUACGGGACUGACUGCCCUACUGAAUAUAGUUGGGGCAACACCGGGAUCGGCGCUUCAUGGUGGAGGAUUCGGCUCACAGUUGGUGACGCAAGGUGGUCGCCGUGUUCGGCCCGACUACGUUGCUUACGCACGUGUGGCCAAGAAAGUUGACGUCCGACGUCUCAAGGAAGAAAUGUGGAAGGGUAUGGGUGAUGGGUUGAUUGAGUCUAUGAAUUUCAACUCUGCCUCAGAUGCAGCAGCGGUCAUUGAGGCGCCUGAAGAACCUACUGAUGAUGACGGGCCACCGACACCUACACCGAAGAACAGGCAUCCGGACGGAGACCACCCAAUGCCUGAUAUUGCAUCCGAAGUCGAGAAAAAUGGUCAAUUACGGUUCACAACUGUCAUGAACUCUCUCAAGAAAGUGUAUCCGGAACAGUCAUUACGGGAUAUCAGUACCUCAUUUGGAUUCAUCUGCCUGCUGCAUUUGGCAAAUGAAAAAGGCCUCGUUCUCCAGAACGGCGGCGAAUAUGGUGAAGGAGAGGGAACUUUGGAAGAGAUAUAUAUUUCCAAGGAUGUCGGGGCAGUGAUUGACGAGGGAACCAUGUAG